CCUAAACGGUGCGUUAAAGUAAAUAAACGGACUGCGUCUUUAAAUGUAGGCGGAGCUUAGUGUAUGCAGGUUUUCAUUGGCUGUUCCACUCACACAGCUGCGGAAUUUAUAAUAUAUUUCAGUAGACUGUUUUAUAUUAAGUGCUUACUUUGAAAGUUGAAGAUGGAUUUUUUGGUUAAAUUAUUUUCCCAGAACAGGAAAAUAGCUUUUUGCAUAACAGGAGCGGCAGCGGUUUUGCUCGGACUCGCGUUCAGCUACAAAUACACGCGCAGGCAGAAAAAGUUCACUCGAGUCGGAGUUGUGUUGCAACUGUUUCUUCAUCCUAUGAAGUCUGGGAAAGCGGUGUGUGUCCCUGCAGCCGAGUGUCUGAGAAUGGGCCUUAAAUGUGGAGAUCUUCGUGAUCGUCACUGGCUGGUCAUUACAGAAGAUGGCCACAUGGUGACGGGGAGACAGCAGCCUCGCUUGGUCCUGGUGUCUCUGACUUGUGAGGGAGGCCAGAUUUGUCUUAAUGCUCCUGAGAUGGAGGAGCUCAGGUUUCCCCUUCACCAGUCCACCAAUCGCAUCUUUCAGUGCAGGGUGUUUAGUUCAGACACUGAAGGCAGAGACUGUGGGAAUGAAGUAUCUGACUGGCUCACUCGAUAUCUGGCAGCAGACAAGACCUUUCGCUUGGUGCACUACGAACCCCAUUUAAAGGCCCGAACACCACCUGAGAAAGGCUUUCCCCAGGAUGAAAAGGUGGCUUAUCCAGAUGCUGCUCCUGUCAUGUUGAUGUCGGUGGCCUCUCUGAACGACUUGAGCAGCAAGCUAGAUAGUGACGUCUCUAUCUGUCGAUUCCGGCCAAACAUUGUGGCCAGUGACUGUGAGCCUUUCAGUGAAGACUUGUGGGACCAUGUCCAGAUUGGUCAAGUGGAGAUGCAGAGAGUUAUGGGCUGUGGAAGGUGUAUUUUCACCACUGUUGAUCCUGAAACUGGAAUAAUCACUAGAAAAGAGCCACUGGCCACUCUCAAAACUUAUCGGCUAACUGACCCUGCCCAGAAAACUGCACCAAUAUUUGGCCAAUACUACACCAUCAAGAAAAUGGGGAUCCUCCACGUUGGUGAUCCCAUAUACAGAAUUAGUUACUGAAGCGGAACACAAUGAAUCUAACAUGAAGUUUAAAUCUUAGAACAAAUGUAUAAUUUGUUGAUGUAAUAUGCAAAUUUGCAUGACAUUAGUGCUUACAACCAACACUUUUUAUGUGCAUGUGUAGAUAUUCAUAGAUGCUCCUUAAAAAGUUUAAAUGAAAACUUUGAAUAGAAUUAAACGUGUUUGAGAUUUUUUAAAAAUAAAAUUUAUUAGCUGGCCAGUUAGCUACUUAGCUAUAAUUAGUGUUGGCCUCACACAUGCUAUUAAUGCUGUGAUACACAUUACAGUACUUUCUUUCUACAACCCCGAUUCCAAAAAAGUUGGGACAAAGUACAAAUUGUAAAUAAAAACGGAAUGCAAUAAUG